UCUCUUGUUGAUUGCUUGCAGCAGCAUCCGAGAUCCCGCGUUGAUCUGAUUCUGAGUUUUCUUUUGUGGAAAUUCAAUCUAUACUUGACGUUUGGUCAUAGGUCAAAUGUCAUCAUGGCAUCAAACGCUACAAGGUCAGCAACCUCCAGCCCGGCCAAGAGUGAACGGAGUGCAAGUGAAAAGAGUGAAAAGAACACCUUCACAGAUCUGAAGUCAAUAGUGAAGUCCGAGUACAUGAGCUUGGUGACUAACAGACGUUUCAAGAGAGCUGGAGAAAUUAGGAUGAUUUGGUCGGCCAAUCGUAAAUGUAUAGAAGAGAGAACGGAGGAGAAUGAAAGGAAGAAUCAGGAGUGUCCCUUCCAGUCUAUCCACACUGCUGCUUCCUUCGAUCAACUUCCCGUUACAAGAAAGUGUUCCAUAGAGGUCGGUAGUAACAAGCAGAAACAGACUGCCCCGCUGCAUACACUUAAUGGUGUUAGUUCAGUACCAUGUGUCUAUACAUGGGCUCCACUUCAACAAAAUUUUAUGGUGGAAGAUGAGACGGUUCUUCACAACAUUCCUUACAUGGGUGAUGAAGUCUUAGAGCAAGAACAGACAUUCAUUGAGGAACUCAUCAAAAACUAUGAUGGCAAAGUACAUGGUGAUCGAGAGGGAGGCUUCAUUGAUGAUGAAGUUUUUGUGGAGCUUGUUAGGAGUGUGGCAGCCUCGGAGCAUCAGAUGACAACCAAAAGAGAAGAAGAAAGUGCAGGCUCCGAUCUGACCCAGAUGAAAGUAGAAGAAUUGAAAGAGCCGGAAUUGAAACCAGAAGAAGAUUCUUCAUCGUCUGAUUUUCCAAAGGAUAUCAUCUUCAAGGCCAUCGUCAGCUUCUUCCCUGAGAGAGGAACGAUAGAAGAGCUCAAAGAGAGGUAUCGAGAGCUGACAGAGAAGCAGGAUCCUAACAUCUUACCACCCGAGUGUACCCCUAACAUCGACGGUCUAAAUGCCAAAUCAGUGCCUAGAGAUGAGACUAUGCAUUCCUUCCACACACUGUUCUGCAGACGCUGCUACAAAUACGACUGCUUCCUUCAUCCAUACCAUCCAACUCCUAGUCAGACCAAACCCAAGAACAAGGAAUUCAGGACUAGUACUGAGCCAUGUGGACCAAGCUGUUUUAUGCAUAAACAAGAGUACAGUAUUCCAGAGCUUCCCACUCCGUCCACCGAGAAGAGCAAGGGAUCUCCAUUCCGACCCGGCUUCAGGAAGUUGGGAGGUGGACGUUCUAACACCAGCACACCGACCAAAUUCCUGGGAGAGUUAGAUUCUGAGUUUCAGCCAUACGAUAAACCCUUUAUCGAACCAGAGAGUAGCAGUAAUGACAGCUUGCCAGCCGAGACCAACCUUGUGACAUCAGAGGAAUGGAACGGAAGGGAAUCUUCACUCUUCAGAGUCUUAAGAACUGUCUAUUAUAACAAUUACUGUGCCAUGGCAAGGUUGCUCAGGACAAAGACUUGUGUUCAGGUGGCAGAAUUUUCAUCAAAGGAAGGUGAAGCAAUGGAACUCUCACCGGAACACAACACACCACCUAGGAAGAAGAAGAGAAAACAAAAGUUGUGGUCUAUGCAUUGCAGAAAAAUUCAACUCAAGAAAGGUAAAGAUAAUUCCUCAACUCAUGUAUACAAUUACCAACCUUGUGAUCACCCUGGCAAACCGUGUGAUUCCGACUGCACCUGUAUUAUGCUCCAAAACUUCUGUGAAAAGUUCUGCCAGUGCUCGACAGAAUGUCAGAAUCGAUUCCCUGGUUGCAGAUGUAAAGCUCAAUGUAACACCAAGCAGUGUCCAUGCUACCUCGCUGUAAGAGAAUGUGAUCCCGAUCUAUGCCAGACUUGUGGAGCAAGUGUGUUCACUGAUAAAAGUACAAGUGAAAGUAUAUCCUGCAAGAAUGUCAGUCUACAACGAGGAUGGAAACGGCACCUUCUGCUAGCUCCAUCGGAUAUUGCUGGGUGGGGUAUCUACAUCACUGUUCCUGUUAUGAAGAAUGAGUUCAUCUCAGAGUACUGUGGAGAGAUUAUCUCUCAAGAUGAGGCUGACAGACGUGGAAAGGUCUAUGACAAGUACAUGUGCAGUUUCCUCUUCAAUCUAAAUAAUGAUUUUGUUGUCGAUGCCACUAGGAAAGGAAACAAGAUUCGUUUUGCCAACCAUUCCAACAUACCAAACUGCUAUGCCAAAGUAAUGAUGGUAAAUGGAGACCAUCGGAUAGGUAUCUUUGCCAAAAGGAACAUUCAGACUGGAGAAGAAUUAUUCUUUGAUUACAGAUAUGGUCCCACUGAUGCUCUGAAAUAUGUAGGAAUUGAAAGAGAGAUGGACAUUCUGGCAGCGAAGUGAGAACUACAUCAACCAUCAAUCUAACAUUCCAGGAAUAUCAGGAGUAAUUCUGACACAACAAUUGUGGAGGUUUUUCAUGGUUUAAAGUCUGUCUUUAAAGAAAGGAGACAGCUUUAUUGCACUGUAAUCUUGUCUUCUGCUGAAAGACUGGGAAGGAAUUUUUAUGUGAUGUGUUGAUGAUGUAAGUAAGGGAUAUUUGAUAUGAUAUGAUCAAAAGUGAGUAGAAGUUUGCAUGUAUAUUGCGAUAGUUGUCACUUUCACUGCCAUCACCUUAUCUUUAUCUUGUCACCUACACGACCACUACUAACAAGUUGAUUUCUUUGUGACUACCACCAACACCACCAUCAUUAACAAUGUCAUCAAUGCUACCACCUUCACCACUGUCACAAAAUAUGUCACCACCACCAAAUCUAUAUUACGAGUGUCAUUACCAUAACCACUGUUACAACCAUAAAAAAUGUCAGCACCAAUAGCCACCACCUCUAAUACUUUAAAAACCAUUACCAUCACAUCACCACCACCACCAAAGUCACCACUAACGGUAUCAUCACCAUUACCACCAUCGGCACCCUGAACAAUAUCAACACCACAACCAUCACUGAUAAAUUCAAAAUUGUUAACUUCACCACCAUUAACAAUGACAAAACCACAACUACCACAACCUCUUUUAACAUUGUUAUAACCUUCAUUCAACACUACUAUCAUUAUCAUCUCCUUAAUCACCAUCACCACAACCAAAAACAAUUGCAUCAUCACCGCAACUACCACCAUCACCACCACCGGUUGAUACCACCAUUAUCAUCACCAUCUUUACCACGCCUACUAUCACCACCACCAUCAUUUUCACCUCAGUGGCAUCCACUCUGGCCACCACCACAACUGCUAACCUCACUUUUGGCUUCCACAAAAUGGAGAAGUAAAAGACCAUAUUCUAUUUUCACCAGUUGUUAGAGCACUUUUAUCCUGUGAUGUGCUAAGAAUCACAAAGGAACUGGUUCCAAUUGCAGACAAUAUGCAUGUUCCCCCUUGUCGACUCACGAUGUGCCCUAUUAUGUUCCACUGUAAUGAUAGCCAGAAGAGCUUUUAUUAUAGUUGGUAAUAGCUGCAAUGUUUAAGAUGUCUUCUUUGGAACUGUUUCAGUCACACUCAACAGUUGUACACUAGAUCAGAAUAAUAAAUCAUAUCAUUGUGUACGUGUUCAGGAAUAUAUAAUAACAGCUCUCGAACAGAACUGUUACGACAGCCGUGCCUUAUCUAUUAUCACUGUCACUGACAAAAUCAAAUGCAUGCAUUUUUGUAAUAUUUUUAAUAUUUUUAAUUUCAAGUAGUUUUAUACUCCUGUGUUGGGAACAUCUGUUCAGUGAUGUGUAUUUUUCUAAUUGAGAAAUAAAAUGGGACAAACUGUCAUUCUUGUGCAGAUCUGCUUCAUGACUUUGUCCUCUUAACCUUUUUUUUUAAAUUAAAUGUCUGUGUUUCUUAUAUUUGUAUGUCUUGUGCUCAAUUAAUAAAUGCAACUAAGAUGCAUUUCAAAUAUGCAUGUUUUCUAAUUGGUUGGCAAUCAAUUUACAUUCAAGUUUAGGAGUUGCGUUUGAUUGCAAAUCACUCUCAGUUAAAGAACCCCCCCCAAAAAAAAAAAAAAAAAAGCAGAAGGCAAAGAAGAAGAAUGAGGAGGAGGGGGGGGGGUGAAGAAGGAAGAGAAUUAUUUGCCUUGCACAUAUAAUAUAACAGUAAAGGAAGAAAGAAAACAAGACUUGAAAUCAGCAGGAUUUAAACCUGUCAUCUACUAGCUGACAUCAACUCUACCUCUAGGCUCCAUGCCACUGCUGGUCAUUGGUACUUGCCAUAUAGCAAUCAAUGAAUAGAUCUCGUUGGGUACCUAUUCACCUCACCUGGGUCAAGUGCGGCUCAUGUGGAUACAUUUUGUGCUGAUGGAAAUGUUAAUCUUUGCCAUGCCGUUAGAGAUCUAGAUCUGGGACAUGAAAAUUUUACUUUGUGAAAUCCCGACAUUUAAACUUAGAAAUGAUGAGACUAAAAAUCACAAACCCUGAUAACCACAUGUGGGGCGUUGUAUCAUCACUUGGAAAAUUAUAAAUAAAUCUAGCUGGGAAGUCAUACUUUUGGGGGGCUAAUUUUCUCAGCAAUUCACCUUUUCAACUAGACCAAAAUUAUUUUACAUAGGUACAUUUUUUUAAAUUCAUGUAUACAAAUACUUGGGUUGUAAUUUUAUUGGAUUCUGUUCAAACUCAUUUUGAGAUCAUUACAACAACUAGCACUAAAAAAAAAAUCAAACAUAAUUUUCUCAUUUCUUUUGAUUUUCUAUAUAAUGAUUAAAAGCCCAUUUGAACUCAUAAAAUAGAACAUUCUGCUUGUAUUUUCUUUAUCACAAUUUACCUCACAAAUCUCAUUUGAAUUGCAUUUUUCACUGACAUAAAUUUCGUAUUCACAUUCAGUGCCUUUAUUGUUAACUCAAAUACUAAUGUUCUAAGUGAACUAUACAUUUUAUCACGUGGAAUUUUCUUGUGUAAUAUAUCUUUUCAUUAAUUUAGCUGACAAGUGAAACGUUUUCCUAAUGGUCCAUAGUGUCUCGCUGUAUUACAAAUACACUGGAAAUCAAAAUAUAUUUAGGAUUUUGUAUUUGUACAUGCUGUAUAUGUAGCAUUUUUAUAUCCUCAUUUCCUAUCCUAUUUGAAAUGCUUUCAUACAAGGGUCAUUGUUUAUUUGUUAAAUAAUAUUUAUUUUAAAAUUUGUAAAUAUGACAGAUGUACAAUUUCUGAUAAUUAUUUUGCUCUCAAUUUCUUUUAUUCAUCCUUAAUCCAUCAAGGAUAAUUGCUCUUGCAAACUCAGUGUAUUUUCUCGUUAGAAUGAUGGAAAUAACAUGUACACAUACAUGCAUUCAGUUUAUGAUUAUGAUUUAGUUCACAAUUUGAUGUAUUUCUUCUUAUUCCUAACAAGAAUUAAUUGAUGUCUGUUACUAUCUACAUGUAUCUGUUGAAAAUUUGUCUGUUGCGCAUUUCUGAUUUAGCUCACAAUUCAAUCUUAAAGCAGAUUGUCAUAUCCUAAUCAAAUUCUGGAUUAUGUUUAUCAUAAUCAUGUUUAGAAAAAUGCAUUUUGUUUACCAUGUUGUCAUUAUAGGCAAAGCAGAUCCAAAAAGAAUGUCUAAUAAAGUUUAGAAAUACACAUGUUCCCCUUUUGGGAUUUCAUUUAUUAUUAAGUGUAGUCAAAGGCAUCAUCAGCUCGGGGGGGGGGGGGGGUUACCCCUGUGUGGCAAAAAUAAACCAAGUGUAUUAUGCUGUUAAAAGUUUGCAAUUUUGAUAUUCAUAUUAAACAAGCAGCUAUAUUACAAGCUCUGCAUAUGGGAAGAAGGGGGUGUUUUGAUCCCAGGGGGAGUGGGGGGCAAAUGAUAGACCCUGAACACACACAUACACACAAAUACUUUUAAAGGUUUGGUUUCUCCUUGGAUCCAUCUUAUUCUCUAGUUCAUAUAUUUGUAACUUACAGAUAACAUUUAUCGGGGGGGGGGGCGUUCUAUCACUGCUCCUUCUAUUUGGUAUGCGUGAUGCUUUUAUUUGUAUUUCAGAAGCUUUGCUAAACAUGUCUACAAUUUUCGCUCUUACUAGCCAUUAUUUCUAUUGAAGGUCCAGAUUGCGGAUUCAUGUUUUUCCUUAAUUUCAAGUUUUUCACUCAACACAAUAUAAGAAUACACUUUUUUUUUUAUGGCUGAAGCUUAUUUGCCUGUACUUGUGACCUAUGCUUCUCAUGUACAUAUUUUUAUAUUCAUGUCAUUCAUUCAUGUUUGUAUAAAGGUGAAAUAUGUAGUGUCCAAUGUCCAAAAAUUGAUUUUGAAGGGGAAACAAAUAGUUUUGACAUGCUGACAGAUUUGUAUUAAAAUUUCUACAAACUGCAAAAUCA